GUAAUGAUGCUCCUUAUGUGCAGAAGAGCAGUACAAGCGACACCUGAUUCUCAGCAUGCUAUUGACUGGAAAUUGUUCUCGCACCAGCCAGGAAUCUACUACGAGGAAAUCGGUCAACUGAGACAGGCUGAAUCGGCAUGGAAAUUAGUGAUAAAACUGAACGCAAAAGAUUUAAAGAUCAGACAUCAGCAAUUGCAAGACUAUAUGGAGGAAACCGCAAUACAGUGCCGAAAAGUAAUAGGCAACGCUCAGUUAGGUUGCCGAAACAUUAUGAGGAUAAUAGAAAAAGGAAAUACCAAACUGAUCACACUGUUAACACAAGUAGAAACGCUAUACAAAACGACUGACAAACGAUGAGGACUGC